AUGAACGUGCACCAGGCCCGUGAGGGUCACUUCAACCCGGCCUCGCCCCAUUCCUCGAGCGGAGCUGCCGAUUCUUUCAAGGGUACUCCCGACACUCGACUGACUACAUUUUCUCCUGAAGAUGGCUCCGCUAGAUCUAUACGAGCACAAGGAUCCCUCAAUGCCAAUAUUCGCGAAGCUGGUCCUAUCAAGUAUGAGAUGAAUGCACCGCAAUCUCUUGACCGACCAAGCGUCUUGUACCGUGGCAGUCUUCACCUAGACAAGGACCCUUUCAUCGGUCCUGCGGAUACUAGCUUCAAAGCAAGGCAGAAGCUAUCGCCUACUGCCUCUGUAUUCUCUCCUUUACCAUCGGUAUUGCGCGCUCGGGGUUCGGCAUCUGAGCCUAAGAGAGUAGAUGCGUUCUCGGAGAAUCUAAGCCAGCACUAUGCUCAAACUUCCAGGUUAUCUUCGCCGGCGGCUAAUGCUUCGCACUCUAACUUCGUUCACGACAAGCUGAGCACUGAGGCUGGCAUCUCUCGAUGCCUGGUCAUCUCUACUAAUACUGGUAGUAGACUAACCGGGACUGAAGUGGAACUAUAUCUAUCUGAACUACAACAGAUGGGCAUUCCGUUUCAGGGAAGCAUGCAGGUUUAUGAAUGUGGAGACCAGGUGUUUGUCCGAUUUACCAACAUCCGUAGCGCCUGUACCGUGUUCUCCAACCUGUCCAUGCGAACUUACAAUUGGUCGGUUCGUUCGGUCAGCCCUCGAGAGUUCUCUUCGGUCGUAGAACCCGGCGCAGGCUCCGUCACUGCGCACGAGGGUCAGCUCUAUCUCAGUGUAUUUCCACAUUCAGCAAGUACCAUUACUACCCAGCAACUCGAGGGUUUUCUGAAGGAGCUUUUAGAGACCGAAGGAGAUUUGUUCGCCUUCAAGAUUCGAGAGGGGGUACAGGGAAGCCUAUUGAGUGCUAUUGUCGAGUACUGCGAUAAUGAUAUGUCCCUCCGCGCUGUUUCAAAGUUCAAUAGCGUUGUCGUCGAGGGUCUUCAGAUUUGCGUCACGCUGUAUCGACCUGACUUGAUGCCAGUCACGGCACAGAGUGGAAUCAACAAUUCUACCCGAGCCAUAGUCUCGCCGACUGAACUGGCUAAUAGCUUCCGGAGAAUGUCUAUCGGAAGAACACAAUCAGUCAUGCCGUCUGUGACUAAUUCUAUGUUCAGCACGCCAGCCAGACCCAAUGGUUCUCAGGGUGGCUUCCAGCUACCAUCGCCAUACGGAGUUGUCCCUCUCCUAUAUACAGGCUUGCCGAUUAGCCCUCCGUAUAUGAUGGACCAAGGCUCAUCUAGAACUCCGAGUAGCAUGUUGUCAGCCAGCAACUAUUCUCUGGCGAGUCCCACGCUGUCACAGCAGAGCUCAUUCUUGUCCACUGAACUCAUAACUCCACGGCAAUUCCAACACUUCGGCCGUCCUGACAGUCGCCGACAGAAUGCAAUGAGAGUUGCACGAUCUCCCUACUACAAUCCGGCCAACCAUCAUAACCAUGUUGACGUCAGCCGCAUUCGAGACGGUAUUGAUGUGCGGACGACGAUCAUGCUGCGUAACAUACCUAACAAAGUUGACCAAGCUCUCCUAAAGAAGAUUGUGGAUGAUUCGAGCUGGGGAAAAUAUGACUUCAUGUAUCUGCGCAUCGAUUUCGCGAAUGACUGCAAUGUCGGUUACGCGUUCAUCAACUUCGUCGAUCCAUUAGAUAUUAUUGAUUUCGUGCAUGCUAGAGCCAAUCAGCGCUGGAACUGCUUCAAAAGUGACAAGGUUGCAGAGGUCUCUUAUGCCACCAUCCAAGGCAAAGAUUGCCUGGUCCAGAAGUUCCGUAACAGCUCGGUAAUGCUUGAGGCACCUCACUAUCGCCCCAAGCUUUUCUAUACCCUAAAUGGACCACGCCCUGACUUGGCUGGAGAGGAGGAGCCAUUUCCUGAGCCUGACAACCAAUCGAAGAUGAAGAGAAGCUGUGAAAAUGCAGAACAUGUGGGCCUUUUUACCCCCAAUGCAGGCCAGCAUUUCCGCGAUGAGCAACGGCGCCGCCGUUCUCAAUUCGAUCGUGGAAACCCGCGACUCGAGGAGUAUGACUACGAUGCAGCUAUUUGCCGUCAGAGUUAUUACUCCCCUCAGUAA